CGUACCGAGUCACUCACGCGCAAAGCUCACGCGUGCACGAGUCUCAGUGUUUUGCACAAGUUUACAUGAAAAUAGAGAGUUCCAUUGCUGCGCUCAUGUACCGGUAUUUUCUCUCGUCGUAACAACACUGUUUACUCAGAACUCCUAAUAAGUUCUUGUUUACCAAGUGCCCCCAGUGAGAGGUACCCCCGACCAUGACAGCUCCAAGCCACCUGCCCCUGUUUCCCCCACUCAGCCUUUUGGGUGUCUUCAAGGGUACGGUCUGCACACUAGCCAUGGGCCUGACGGCAACCCUAGGCUCAGUCUUCAUGCUGGGACCUAUAAUGCCUCUCAUGGUCAUCCAGCCUCGUCUUUUCCGCUGGAUCAAUGACUGGAUGAUGAACCUAUGGUUGCUGCUACCAGUGGCACUUAUGGAAAUAGUCAUGGGGGUCACGAUCAUGACCUCUGGUGACACACUACAGUCAGACGAGGGCAGCAUCAUCCUGAUGAACCACCGCACUCGGCUAGAUUGGAUGUUCUUCUGGGUGGUGCUCCAUCGGCAGAGCACUCUGCGCACAGAGAAAAUCAUUCUGAAGAAUGACCCCAAGAUGGCCCCUGGCUUUGGCUGGGCAAUGCAAGUUGCGUGUUAUAUCUUCCUAAGACGGCAAUGGGAAGUGGACAAGCCGUGGUUGCUGUCCAUGCUCGAAUACUUUGGACUGCUACAAUAUAAGGGGCAAUUCUUGAUUUUUCCUGAAGGUACCAACUUGGAUGCCAAGACCAAACUCAGAAGUGACAGAUUCGCCCAGAAAAACAAUCUGCCCCUGUACCAGUACUGCCUGCAUCCCCGCACCACGGGGCUCAUAUUUCUUACACAGGAGCUAAGACAGAAAAACCUCCUGGAUACCAUGUACGACGUGACUGUCACCUACCCAGACCUCAUCCCUGAGCACGGUGAGCUGAACAUGGUCGUGGGCAACCUACCCACCAGGGUCAACUUCCAUAUCCGGCGGCACCCGCAGUCCAGUCUUCCCGCCAGCAAGGAGGGUCUGGAGUCCUGGUGCCUAGAACGGUGGCGGGCCAAAGAGGCCGCCCUGGGGGCCUUCUACUCGGGCGGCAAGGACUGCCUCGUAUUUCCAGGCGGAGAGGGGGACGGUGGCGAGACCCACACCCUGGAGUCUGACCGGAGGACGCUGUACCUAGCUGUACUGUACUGGCUGGUGUUUCUACUCGCUGUGUUUAUCCUGCUGUGGUACUCCGUACUAGCGAGGUGGUACUUGUUGGUGGGCACCAUCUACUUCAUUUAUCAGUUGGUGGUUCGGGGAGGGGUUGAGACAAGUAUCAUGGAAUCGUGUCGAUGGUUUUACAAACAGAAGGAGAGAAGAUCAUAGUGACUUUGAAAGGUGUUGGCUAAAUUGUAUAUGUUUGGGUUAUUUACUGCUAGCUAAGACAAUCAUAAUAUGGAGCAACAGGUUGUCACUCUACAUGUAUAAAGGUGAAAAUCAUCCAUUUGGAUAGACUUUAAGGAUAGUGCACAUACUUAGACGAAAGUUUGGACUAGGUUAGAAGUCAAGCUAUUGAUGAUGAAAACAAACAUGAAUUCCCUGGUUCGUUCCACUUGCACAUUGAUUUCACUCAUUGAUAAUGUAAAUUCCCUGACGUUUCAAGGUUUGUUCUCCAAGAAAAGUCUAAGGCAAGGCAACAUUUUGGUGUCCAAAUUAAAUCCUGCACUGUUACAGCUUUUUGAUCCUGGCUUCCAGUAGGAUUUGAAAUUUGGGAGUCCAGUCUUGUUCCAGUCUUGCUCCAAGACUUAGUGUCUACAUUCUUUCCAAAUCAGUAUUAAUUUAUUAAAUGAUCAGAAAUUUUCCUGUAGUUUUUGCAAAUUUUUUUUUUAUAUAUGUGUUGCAAUUUUGGAAACCUGUUUGCAUGAUGUGAGAAACUUUAUGAAUUCUUCAUACCAAUUUACAGCUGAGGCCAAGGUCCCUUCUAGAAGUAUUUAUAUGAUCUCUUUGUUCACCGUGAUCAAAUGGACAUUCCAGGUUUGAGCCAGAUCACCUGAAAAGAAAAGCUGUUUGAUCAAAACUAGUUUGGGGACAAGAUUUUCCCUUUCUAGAAUGUACAUGUAAUCUGUUCAUCUUUAUGCACUAUGGUCGAGUUUGAGUGGCCAAUUCUUGACACGGGUAUCUUGUUUUUGUGCUCGAACAGCGGGAACAUCAUGACCCAAGAACACUGUUCUCGGAACAGCAUCACACACCAACUCCUCAUCAGGGUUUUAUAGGAACUCACAGAAAAA